CGCGGGGGGAGCGGGACCCCCGAGCCGAGCGCGCCGGCAGCGGGAGCGGAUCGGAGGCGGCCCGGCCGGGUCACGCCCGCCCCCGGCCGCGCCACCGCCCCUUCCUGUCAUGGCAGCGGCCGGGCUGCGAGAGCGCGGCGAGGCGGCGCGGGCCGGCACCCUCGGCGGCUGAGCGCCCCGCGGAGCGGGGACGGGCCCAGCGCGGAGCCGGCAGUAGGAGAUACUGCUGAAGUACCUGCUUUCCACCACUUUCCUCGUUUAACUUCACCUUGGGUUCAGCUGGUCAUCAGCAUGCCUUCUAUCGAGAACACCUCUAAACUCUUCCUGGUCCUCUUCUCAUUGCUGCUGGUGCUACCAGUGGUUGAAGCCCUGGAUGCUGGAGAUACCAUUGCCUUCCUUCUAGGCCUCGCUGUCAGUGUCAUCGGAUUCUGUGCCUGCCUCGGCUUGUAUGCAAGGAAAAGGAAUGGGCAACAGUGAUUUCAAGAAAAUGUUCAGAUGAAGUCAAUUUCCUAACAUGGCUUGGGUGUAAGACUGAGCUUUGGUUCUAGAUAACUUUCAAAAAACAUGUAGAUAUUUCUGCAAACCUCUCUUACUGUUCAGUACAGCAGAAUCAAGACUGUACACAGUAAAAGGGAUUUGUAGGAUCUGCCCUUAUGACAGAAAGAUAAUUUUAUAUUGCUUGUCAUUAAAUAUUGCCUCAGAGAAGGGUAAGAACUUUUUGAAUGGGGAAGAAAAACAAUAGAGUAAACGUUUAUAAAUGUAUCAUGUGAGGGAGGCCAUCAACAAGUUCCACAAUUUUUGUUUCAAGGUUUAUUCAGGAGGAAGCAGCUAUUAAUCUUCCAGUCAAGAUGACAGAGUUUUGAAAGUCCUCCUAACUAGAGAGCUGGCAAGCAGACUGCUCUAACUUAUGUGCUUGUGCUCACCUUCUCUGUAAUGACAGUAAACACCUAACAACUCACUUCUGCUGUCAUGGGAAUGAGACUUACGAGAACUAAGAAAACAUUUUCUUUUCUUUUAGAAUAUUUUUAGGUUUUUUUUUGUUUAGAAUAUGCCACUCCUGUGUCCUCUGUUCCUGUUACCAAGUAAAUACACUUAAAAGUGGGACCAAUAUUUUUAUUUAACAUGUAUUUCACAGUAAAGUACGUGUAAGGCUAUGUAAAUCAGGAAUUAUGUGUAGUAUUUCUGCAUUAGGAAGUUAAUUAGAAUUAUAACAAGACCAUUGUACACAUUUCUUUUACAAUAUAGAAAAAACUUGUUUUGUUAAAAUCCUGGGUUUAGUCAGUAGGUCCAUUGCUCACAUGUCUUCCUCAUGACAAACUUACUUUGCUAGCUAAACAUUUAGCCUUCUCUGACUAGUGCAUAUGAGUUCCACAGAAGAUAGGACCAAAACCAAAGUAAAAAAUCCUGAUGGAAAAUGGGAGGUGUAAAUAGUUGUAUUCUAUUCACACUCAGUCGGGUUGUAUGGUAUACGGUUGAAAGACUUAGUAGCAUAUCUAGAACCUUCUUUAAGUACCAAAGGUGAAAUGGCUCAGCCAAGAAUGUCUAUCACAAGUCUCUCCAGCUUGUUAGGGUGUUUUACCUGUCUGCUUGAAGCAAGGAGCACAAUCUCUUAGCAGCAGAAUAAGGAGAAUAGGAAGGUGAGCUUUCCACAGUUCACAGAAUUUCCUUCUGAUCUUGUGCUGUGGACGCUGCCACUCUUGCUAGAAAUCUUGGCUUUUAUCUUUCAGAGCUGGGGAAAAAGGUUACAUGUGAUGCAGAGCUAUGUAUUUUGAUACUAUUCCUCCACUUCAAGUGUCUGUUCAGCAGAGCACCAACCUAGAAGAGUUGUUGGGCAGGUCUUACGUAAGAAAGUCCUGGUUAUUUCAGUCUUGCAAUUUAUGUCUCUCAUGGUGAAUGGAGGGAGGAAGUUAAAAUGAAAGCCCCUAAAAUUGUAUGGGAUUGAAACUGUAGGACUCAAUCCAGUAAUCCAUAAGAAUGUAGGUUUCUGAUUUCAUGUUACAAGAAUAAUGGUCACAGAGUUACUCUGAUGAGUUGCAAGUCUUUCCAGGUUCUUGAACAUUUUUUGUAGCUUUCAAAACUCUGGGACAUGGUGCACAAUUACUAUGUACAAAUGAAAUUUGCAGCCCUAAGAGGAGCUUCAGACAGUAGCAUCACCUUUGAAAGCUGCCUAGCUUUCAUGAUGGUCCAGAAAUAGUAGAUGAUCCUGUAUGUGAUUAUUCAACUCUGUGGGUGCAAGCACAUGUCAAAGUGUCAUCUUUGAUGUUCCAGCUUGGGUAAACCAUUACACUUAAAAAACCCCAAACCUCAAACCACAAAAUCACCACUCAAUUCACUUCAAUUUCCCAAAAUUACAUAAUUUUGCCAAUUUUUUUGCUAUGUCAUAUAUUGCUCUUUCAAUAGAAUAAAUUUUAUCACAAGCAGCUUUUCACAGACUCCUUUAUCUACACUUUGGAAAAGAUCCCUGGCAACUGGGCAAGAGUUUCACUUCAGGAAAACAAAAUUUUAGCAGAGUAAUUAUCUUCAAACAAUAGGGAUAUGAGGAACACUGUUCUUUGCCUGAAGCUGAAUGUACUUUAUUGAAAGGUGUUUGCACAGCAUAAUGGCUUUUGUUUCCUGGGUUCUGAAAGAAGCUUUAUUGUUAAAGACUUCCAUUUUUUGAUGUCUAGAGUGUAAAAUCACAUACCCCUGUUUUUCUUCUGUCUUAAUAAACUUUCACCUAUGAUUUAUCAUCA